UCUUGCUUUUCUUUUGCUAGAAUUCUCAUGUUGUAUCUCAUCAUAUUUGUCUCAUGACCUUCAGAGAAAUUUUGAAACGGGUUGCUGAAAUCUUGAUUGUUUUCAUCUUCUUGCAUCUUUCUGCCGCUGUUGCGGGUGUGUGCGGAGGUGUCAUCCGAGGAGUUGGGAAACAAAAGGUUGGUGCUGUUUGUAACCUGGUGGGACACUACUUCAUUGGCUUUCCCAUUGGCUUGGCCUUAACCUUUGCGGCAAAAUUGAACAUCCUAGGGCUUUGGAUAGGUCUUACUGUCUGUGUCUUCAUGCAGGCUACUUUCUUACUCGUAUAUCUAUACAAACUAGAUUGGAGUAAGGCUGCUGAAAAGGCUAAAAUUAGAGCCGGGGUCCAGGUCCCCUAUGACGACACGGUCAAGACAGAAGAUUGCAAGUUCGAGUCAAACACCAACCAGGACCCAGUUACUUCCCCUACAUCCAGGUGUGAGAGCGCUUCAGAGGGCCAACAGAUUCCAGAUCAACAUAAAACUGCAACUACCGUAGUCGGCAAUGUUCUCACAGUAAAACAGCUGCUUUUGAAGCGUGGCUUGAUUUUACUUAUCUUUGUUGCCAUCUUAGCGGCCGGAAUUAUCGCCAGUCACUUCCUUGUCAAACUGCUGAAAUGAGCCUCGUGUUGGUUUGUAACGGACAGUCAUUAAGCGAACACUGGAGGACUUAAUAGUAGGUUUAUUAGUUGCUUCUAAUAUCAACUCAUCUCUUAUGUCAUGAGUAAAUCAUCACGAUCAAACCCACGAUUAUAAACGUGUCAAUAAUGUAUGUAAAUGCAAUCACUUUGCAUUGUGUUUGGUGUUUAUUCAGCAAUAGUGUUCAUUCUGCACCUUGA